AUGGCAGCUGUCAGUCGAGCGGAAAAGCCGGCGGAGCUCCUCCAGGCCAGCAGCGGGGUUGAUCCUGGUUCCACCCACCGGGACUUUCCUGGCUUCCUCCAGCAGGAGGGGGCUGGCAGGAGCGGGCCGGGCAGCGCGGGCAGCAGCGCCGCGCUCCCCGGUUUCUAUUGUAGGCGGUGCAUUCCUCGGGAGGGAGGGAGGCACCGCGUGUGCGCCGGUGCCUUCCCACACUCGGCCCGGCUCUUAUUUAAUGGGGGUCUCCAUGCAGGGCAGGAGCCACGAGAGGUGCGGCGGUGCCCGGCUCCCUCGCAGGACGAGCCCGGCGCUGCUGCCAUGGAGAGCGCGGUGGAGAUGGGCGAGGAGGCUCCCGGCGCUGGGAUGCAGCUCCGCAAGGACCUGAGGAGGAUCCGCUGUGCUCUGCUGCUGUGCCUGCUGGCCCUGCUGCUGCUCAUGCUGCCCACCGCGUACCUGCUGGUCGGCAACCUGCCCCGCUCCUGUGGCAACCAGGUCACAGAGGAGAGGGGCUCUCGCUUUCUGAAGCAACGAGCAGUAGCUGCUGUUACAGACACCCUUUCCAGUGCAGAGAAGCCACGAGCUCACCUGACAGUGAAGAAGCAGGACCUGGCCAGCGCCGUGGGGAGCCACCUGCCCAUCCUGCAGUGGGAAGACAAGCGAGGCCUGGCCUUCACCAAGAACAACCUGAGUUACUCCAGCAGCGCUCUGGUGAUUCCCGUGUCCGGGGACUACUACGUGUACGCUCAGGUCACCUUCCGAGGGCCCGUUGAGAGUAGCCACAAGCCCAGCUCUGUCACUGAGAUCAUCACCAAGGUCACUGACAGCUACCCCGAGCCCACCCAGCUGCUGACAGGCACCAAGACCCUCAGUGAGAACGGCAAUGGUUGGUUCCAGCCCAUUUACCUGGGCGCUGUCGUCUCCUUGGAGGUGGGAGACAAGCUCAUGGUCAACGUGAGUGACAUCAAGCUGGUGGAUUAUACCAAGGAGCACAAAACUUUCUUUGGGGCCUUUCUGCUGUAGGGCUGUGGCAGCAGCUGUGGGGGGAUCCCUCCAGGGGCAUCGGGGGGACACUGCUGGACUUUGGCUUUAUGGGCUCGUGUUGGGGUGAGAUCUCUGCUGUUUUCUUUC